AUGGAGCAAGGCAUUCAGAGAAUCGACUACCGCCUGCUUCAAGGCUGCUGCCUCGAAGCUGAGCGCGCCGACAUCAUAUCGGUGAGCCUGGAAGGGCUCCGUAUGGCUCUCCCCGAGGCAUACGGGGGUACCAUUACCAGUCUUGUUGACGAGAUACGGAGGUCUGCAAGGAAGCUGAGGGACUUGGCGGAUCGAUCGCAGAUGCAUUUCACCAGGGUGCCAAUUUUGCUCAACUACCUCGACGUCAUUCUCCCAUGUUAUUCCAAGACACUCCGCGACAUCACCGAGUUUUACGAAGAUCGAACUGUGAGCAAGGAUAUGCGAUGGCGAAGGAUGUACCACAAGAUGACACAGGAGGUCAGUGGCCUGCCACUACCUCAGCGGUUCAUGCUCUACAACUGCUUUUUAGAGUCCCUCCGACACCUUCUUAUGAGGCGCGCUAGCAUCUCUCCUUUGAUCUUGGAGAUGACGUACUAA